AUGUCUCCUUCACAAAUUAACGUUGACAACUUAUCUAAUUGGACUGAAGAAUUCAAAUCUGACGCCAAGACUCAAAUCGGGGGUUCUGUAUUGCAACAUUCCAACAUUGAUGAGGUCUUGAUUAACAGAGAUGCAGAAAUCGCCAACAAGCAUAUCUUCAACCACAAGAUUGAAAUUGAAGGUCUACCUGUCAUGGAUCAGAAGGCUUCUGGUAGAUGUUGGUUGUUUGCAUCGACUAACUUGAUGCGUGUUACUGCAAUGAAGAAAUACAAUUUGAAGGAAAUCAAGCUUUCCCCAUCGUAUUUGUUUUUCUAUGACAAAUUGGAAAGAGCAAACUAUUUCCUUGAACAAAUCAUCGACACCCAUAAGGAACCAAUCGAUUCAAGAUUGGUUCAAUAUUUCCUGACCAAUCCAGUUGAAGAUGGUGGUCAAUUCACCAUGAUGGCACAAAUUGCUACCAAAUACGGUGUUGUUCCUGAUCAAGUCUACCCAGAUUCUUUCAACACAACCACUUCGAGGAUUAUGAACAGAUUAGUCAACCACAGAUUACGUUCUUAUGCAAUGACUUUACGUAACGCUCUAGAUGAAGGUAAAGAUGUAAUGUCCUUGAAGAAUGAGAUGCAAAAAGAAGUUUAUCGUUUGCUAACAAUGUUCCUUGGUAACCCACCAAAGCCAAACGAAGAGUUUGUCUGGGAAUUCACCGAUAAAGAUGGUAAAUAUGAAUCUAUUAAAACUACACCAUUAAAAUAUGCAACUGAAGUUUUGGAUUUCCAUGCUCCAGAAUAUGUUUCCUUGUUAAAUGACCCAAGAAAUAAGUAUAACAAGAUGGUUCAAGUUGAAAGAUUAGGUAAUGUUGCUGGUGGCGAACCAGUUGCAUACUUAAACUUAGAAAUUGAAAAGUUAUCUCAAGCUGUUGUUAACAGAAUCAAAAAUAACAAACCAGUUUUCUUUGGUACCGAUACACCUAAAUUUAUGGAUAAAAGUAGAGGUAUUAUGGAUAUCAAUUUAUGGGACUAUGAGUUAUUAGGUUAUGAUGUCCGUACCAUGUCAAAGAAGGAAAGAGUUGUUUUUGGUGAUUCUUUAAUGACCCACGCUAUGUUGAUUACUGCAGUGCACGUCGAUGAAAAUGGCAAACCUGUCAGAUACAGAGUCGAAAACAGUUGGGGUACCAAGAGUGGUCAAGAAGGUUAUUACACAAUGACCCAAGAAUAUUUUGAAGAGUACGUUUAUCAAGUAGUCAUUGAAAAGAGUGAAUUUGCUGCCCUAAACCUCGAUGUUUCCAUUCUGGAGGAUAAAGAACCAGUCGUCUUGCCACCUUAUGACCCUAUGGGUGCACUUGCUUUAUAA